AAUGAGAAUAGCAAUUUUAUUGGUAUUGAUUGCAAUAUCAGUCGCAACAGAAACUCAUCUCACUGCUAUAAAGCAAUUAAGAGAAGUAAUAAAUGUUUAAGUAUAUUCCAGAAAACAAGAAUCACUCCAUUUAGCGAUUAUUUUUAUGGCAUGCUUGAAUUGCAUUAAUCAAGUAAAUUAGGUGAAGUAGUCACCAUUGUGUAAUCGAUGUUAGACAAACUCAUCGCUGCCUCUGGGGCUAAUGAAGCUGAACAUUCCGCUGUAACUCUAUAUUUCUCAUUGUUUAGCAACAAGCCAAUUUCGAAUAGCAAAUUUCUAAAUUAGAAAAUACCCUAGAAACAACCGAAAGCGAACUGAGUUCAGUGAAUCAACAAAUAAAUGACUUGACUUCCGAUCUAUCCUCACUUACCCAAUCCUUGAGUUUCCAAGGCCAAUAACUCCUAUUGUUGUCCAAUCAAAUCACACAAUUGACUGAUAACCAUUAGGAAGAAGUCAGAGCAGCCGAAGAGAAAUUCAACAAUAACUCCAGAUAUUUGGCAGCUGUCGAAGAAGUCUUGAGAUUUUUAGGUGAUGCUCUUUUGGGAAACACUAGCUUAAUCGAGAGGGAAAGAGCUAUCGAGGCAGCCAAACAAGCCUUGGGAGACAAGCAUCCCAUUGCUAUUAUGAUUCAAAUGACAUCCCAAUACGAUGACAACACCAUCAGAAGAGUUAUCAGCAAAUUAGAAGGAAUUGCAAAAAAUGUCCAAGAAAGAUUGGAUGCCAUCAAUACUUCCUCCACCAAUUCAGAGCAGCAAUACCAAACCUUAAGAAGUCAAUUUGAAACCACCUACAGCAAUUUGGAUAAGGACAAACAAUUCAAUCAAAGACAAGCAACUGCUAAGGACAACGAUCUAGUACAUUUAAUUCAUAUUAUCCAAAGGCAUCGAACAAGAGAAGACAAGAAGAGUUACAGGAACUUAUCUCCACCACCAAGGAGUUGCUUGAUUAAACCAGAGUGGCUGAAGACAAUGAAAAUACAAGCUAUACAAGCAAAAGAUCACACAUUUCAGAAGAAAUUAGCAUCGUAUAGAGUGCUUUGGAUUUAUUAUCACAAUUACCAGCUUAAUGAUAUGAAUGAGAAUAAU